GAGGAUGUGGACUUGAACAGCAGAGAAGCAAUCAUGGCUCCUCCACGGUUUCAAUGCCUCAAUGCAACGAGGCAGAUUCUGAAGAAGGGGAUGGGAGCAAGAGCUACGUUCUCUACUUCUCGUAUCUCACGCGCUGGUGACCCUCCUCCUCGUAUCUCAGCAACCAGCGACCCCCUCGCCGCUCUUGGAGAUUCCCCAUCCUCAUCGUCAUCAUCGACCUCCUCCUUCACCCCCAUGCCUGCCUUCACCAACCCAAUCCAACGCGCCAAGAUGAAGAACCUCCCCGGAAACAGCACCGCCAGCCGGGCUGUCACACGCCUUCUCCAAGUAUCCGACCGCAGAGAGCGCGAGCGGCGAGCCGGAGGGGCUACCCGCUCCUCCAGUGACGUAGAGGAACUGCGGAAAUAUAAUUUGGCGGCGGAUUUGAGCAAGCAGAUCACGAGAAGGUGGAAGGCCGGUGAUGUAUACGCGCCGCACGAUUUGAGUGCGGUCGAGUCGGCAAAGUGGAAGAAAAGGGAUAGGCCGAACCGUGAUGCCUUUGAUGUGUUGGAUUUCAAUCCGAUGGAUCACUACAGGAACUUCUCUAUCAUGUCAGAGUAUAUGACACCCAUGGGACGAAUCAAGCAUUCCAAACAGACGGGCCUCAGGCCGGUGAAUCAGCGAAGGAUUGCGAGGGCGAUUAGGAGGACGAUUGGGAUGGGGAUUAUGCCGAGUGUGCAUAGGCAUCCGGAGAUUCUUUAUAAGAACCAGACGAAAAAGAACCAGCAGCUUUCUCCUUCGAGAUUAGCGCCGCUGUAGGCGGAGAUGGAUUGAAAGAUGCAUAUUGGGAAGAUAGCGGUGGGAGAUAGAGCUGUAUAUCAAGUGUACCAUACAGAAUUGUAGAAUUGGGGAUGAGCAGGAAUUUCUAAACUGAGGAACGCACUCAACACGCACUCGGCUAUUUGCCAGUUUCAUAAUCGAUGAUCGAAAUUCGAUGAGGAAAGUG